AUGCAGAGCAGCUUGGCGCCGUCCGUGACACCGCGUCCCGUGAAGCCGUCGGCGCCAGCGGUACGCGGUGGUCGAACGUAUUUGCUCAGUGCGUCGCCGAUCAAGUUAUCGUCUGGAAAUGCCGACGCCAAAGCCCCGAUGAUUCGACCGGCCGAGUCGCCAAUUCCCCCGACGAUGCGGAAGAAGCCGCUGAUCUUGAGCGGCGACAUUCGCAAUCUCGGGACCAAUUUCCAGCUGGCGACGGCGCGUGAAACGCUGUCGCUCGCGCACCUGGGCGACGUUUUUGCUGCUCACGGCAUCGUCAUCACACGCGCAGAGGCUCAAGCGCUUCGUCACGAGUUCGAGGAGAACAACGAGCGAGGACUCAGCUACGUCGAUUUCGUGGAUGAACUCGUCCGGUCUUUUCGAGGUCCCGUGACGGGUACGGGAGACACGGGCCGUCCAAAUGAAAAUGCCGGUCUCGUCGCUGGUGCUGCCUGUCGAGCACUCGCGAAGAAACCACAACUUGCAGAACAUUUGUCAAGGUUGAGUGCGCGUCAUUCACAACUUGUAGGUGAGAUUCGGGCUCUGUUAGGAGCCAACCUGCGCGUAUCUUGGACUGCCGUACGGGACGCUUGUCGAGCGGCAGAAAUCGGUGCAGGUACUAGAAAACUAUCAAAGACGACGUUCGCGCGCGUGUUGAGUGGCCUUAAUAUCCCAGCACUGUCACCUGCAGCAUUAGAGGAGCUUUCACAAGAUGGCUCCUCUAUCGACUAUCACGAAUUCCUUGCCCAAUUCGGUAGUAGCUUCCAGCACGGUGAUACCAACAACGUCAGCAACUCAUUGGUAUUCGAUCGACCGGCAGGUAAACAGAUCGCUGAAGUGUCAAUCGGUACGGGAGCCAACAACAUCACGGCGACCAACAAGACGCUACAGUCUCCUGGAGUCACCAGUGCGUUAGGUGGACGUUCACCGACCAAGAAGACCAACAAAAAUUCAAUCAAAUCAGAGACGGGAAAAGACCCCGUCCUGCUUGAACAACUUCGUAUCGUAGUGGGGAACAGAAUCAAGACACGGGCUGACGAAGUUUUGAACGUAUUCAGUGCUCUCGAUCCGUCCGACUUGGGCUUCGUUCCUGCUCCAGUAUUUACACAAGCACUGCGAGAUCUCCAACUAGUCGAGUCUGAAGAAGACGUUGCUACCGUGCUGUACGCUGUCGUGGAUGGAGACAACAGGGACAGCGUUGACUACCGCAAAUUCGUGACGAGUUUUGGCGAUGUGGUGCAUCCAAAAGGAAUCGAUGCGAUGAGGCGUAGCUUACAGGAGAACAGUUCAUUGGUCUUCCCGGGAUACAAAGAAGUCAAAGGAGCAUACAAGAACCGCGUGGCGUUAUCGUCGCCUGGAAACGAACUGAAAGAAGCGUUUUCACGUCUACCCGAUGCAAGUUGGAGAGCGAUACACGUAGAGUUAGAGCUCAGUGAUCCGCACAAAAGUGGACUGGUACCUACUGCUGAACUGCUUCGGGUACUGAGUAAACACCUUGGUCCAUUGCCAUCUCGACAUUUCGGUUCGCUCUUCCGCGCCUGUGGCUCUCACGCACAUCAACUUAUGGACUACAGAUCACUAAUCAAGAGCUAUAGACCUCGAGUGGUGGACACCGAGAGCUUCUUCGCCCCUCCACUUCAGGGUGACGGUGCACGGGGUGCGAUUGCUGUUGGUCUCCAGCAUAGCCAACAGGCGACAGCACCGACCGAGUCGCUUGUGCUCGUGUGGAGCGUCCGAGUCGCUAGAGCGCGUCUCGGUGUAGUGGAGUGGAGAGCGCUUCAAGACCGUCUUGCUGCGUGUGAUCCACGUCGACAAGGGCGCGUUUCGACGGCAGCGUUUGCACUCGCAGUACGUGACGCUCUGUCGUUGACAGAAGCUCAGAUAGCGUUCCUCUGUUACUUCUACGAAGACCGCAGUAUCGCUACCGACUCGCCAUUGAUCCGGUACGCGUCCUUCUUGACUGACUAUGAGGAUCCGGGAUUAGAAGCCAACGAUCCAAGCGAAGGGAGUUGUAAACCUCAAGGCAGAAGUAAAGCAGUCAUGUUCAGUAGUCCUUCACCUGGAGACGCUGAAUCGGAUCUUAGAACGGAAUUGGAGCAGCUACGUCAAUUCUUCCGAGCGAAUGUCGGUGAGUUAGAGCGGCUCCUGGCAGCUGAGGACGCUGAUACACGAGGCUUUGUCAGUCUCCCGAUAUUCACUCGGAUAUGCGCCAAGCUGAGCUCUGAAGUAGGCACAAAGUGGAGAGAAUCAAGAGCGACUGCCAAGUUCUUCGAGAGGUAUAUCGCACGUGGAGGACAGUUCUACUAUCGCGGUUUCUUGCUGGACAUGGACUGUAAAGUUGGUCUCCAAGCUCAGGCGCUUGUGGUCCAAGAGGAUGAUGAAGAGGAGGAACGAGACAGCUUUGACGAGGACUCGAAAGAUAAACCACUAGAUGUACACGAAGCACGUGCAGCAAUACGACACCUUCUGACGAGCUCUCGGUCGCAGCAAAGCGCAGUGUAUAAGCUUCUGGCGAACAUGGAUUCAAGUAGCUCUGGCUUACUAACGUAUCCAGAACUACGACGCGCUUUUGAGCGAUUGGGCGUUAACCUUCAAGACGAUACGGUGGUCCAAGAAUUACUGAGUUUCUACGAGGAAGAAGACGCUCAAGGUGAGCGAACAACCGGCCUAGUCAAGUAUCUGCAGUUGUUGCAUGCAUUGGGUGGCAAAGAUCCUGAUAAAGUGGGCAAGGACUCGAAUAUGAGCGAUCUAUCGAGUCACUGUUCGUACUAUAGUGCGGUGGGGAUCAGUCCUCGUGCAGUUCGUCGCUCUCCAGCUGCAAUUGCAGUCUCAAGACAACUGACCAGCCGAGCUGGUCACGUUCUAGCAGCGCAAGCUGUAAACCACGCAGUGGAAAACCCUCGAGCCUCUUUAAACGCCGGCGUUGGAGCUACAGCCGGGGCUGCUGCAGUGGAGCAGAAGCUUCAAAAAGCGCUUCAUAGUCAAGGAAAAACGGCGUGGAAACAGCUCACACGCAAACUACAGGCGCUUGACACUGAACGUCGAGGCAGUGUGACGCCUUCGUCCCUACGCAAAGUACUGGGAGAGCUCGGUAUCGAUCUGGAUCAGGAAGAAAUCGUCCGUCUUCAGCUCAAAUACGACGCGGAACAGAAUGGACGUCUCAAUUACCACGCAAUGUUACGUCAACUCACCAGUUCUUUGAGUAUUCUCGGGGCUAGUAGCAAUGGAACUGGAGCCGGCGACUUGUUACCGAGCAUAUCGUUUAAUUCCCCAGUGAAGAUCAAAGUUACAGGCAGCGAGACCAUCCCAGAAGAGCUGCGGCUUGGCGUCCAAGCCAAGUGGAAAGAAUUGUACGCGUCGUAUAAAGCACUCGACAAGAGCAACUCGGGUCGUGUGAGUGCGGCUCAUUUCCGUCAGAUGCUGGAAUGGUACGCGCUGCCUAUUACAGACACGAGUUUGCUAGCUGUUCUCCGAGCGUUUGACAGUGACGACGGCCUCGUCGACUACAACCGCUUCAUGAGAGCAUGUUUCCGAGGGUAA